AAGAGAAAUGGCAAAAGAAUUACAAUGAUCAGCAAUAUUUUGAACAGUAAUUGCCACGAAGAGCCACUAAUUACAAGUGAGUUACAACCGUCACACCGCCUGAACACCUCUACUUCCCUCUUCCAUGCACGCAGGCCACCUACACUUGCAUAUAUAUAAAUACCACAACCACGCCCGUCUGUUACUUUCCCCAAACUUGUCACAUCCUCACCCACGUCCCCGCACCCACGCACCGCUCCUCCCACAAAGGCUGACUGACGGCGGAGACAAAACCAGCGUCUCCUUCCUUUACUAUUAUCAACGGGUCAUGUUAAAUCACAUACAUACGAGUACACCCGAAGUAGGCAAUGGUGCAAUCGGAAUAGCGGUCAAAUUGUAGAAGAAAGCUGCCAAUAAUGUUAUGUAGAUGUUUCUGAAUGUGUUGUGCUGGCAUGUCGGACAACGGAGGGGCUUGUCCAGGGUCGUUCAGCAGCAGCCCCGCUCGCCCCCGCAGUCCCGUCAGGAUGCGGGCCACUUCACUGGUGGUCUUGGUUGUGUCCUUCAUAUCGGUGUUACUGCCCUCCAAAGCUCUGCGCCUUGAAGCCAUUCCCAGUCUCCCCGUAUGGACACACACGUCUUCUAUGGUCCCCAGAGUUGUGCAUGGCAGGGGAGACGCAACUGGUCUCUCAACGACUGGCGCGGAUGGCAGACUUCGACGAAUGGCACAUCUCCGAUCUCAUAUACCAUCUCUGCUAAACAACAAUGAACCCUAUGAAGAACUUGUAACGACUGCAAAAGAAAAUAGAGGAAAUGAUCAAUUCCACAGAAAACCUCUGCAGAGGCCAAGAACAGACCCAACCCCACUCACACUUCCGGACAUCAUCCUGGGGCGCGUGGCCAGAAGGCUCGUGGCGCGGGUAAACCUUGAGGAGCUUGUGGCGACAGAGUGGCAAAGCUUUCUUAUGGAACAGCUGCAACGUCGCGUCCUUGGUAAUGCAGAGAGGCCGUCAAUAACAGACUGGAAUGGUGAAUCCCGCCACCAAAAGAUAAACAAACGGAAAGUCUUUUCGGGGACAACGCCUGAAAUUCUGAACAUUAGAGGCUUGAAUCCCUCCCCAGUGUUUGGCGCUGGGGAUCCAGAGCUGGAGGAGGAGGAAGGUAGAGGUUUGUGGUUGGAGGGGAGCACUGACACGAACAACUAUGCACAACCGUCUCAGAGCGAUAUUAAGACGUUCAGCUUCCAUAAAUUCGUCCACAACAAUCGACCAAGUCACUGGGAAGGAGGAGGAGUUACGUUGGCUCGGGGACUGGAAUUCCUCACUGACAUGGACAAGAGCCUCAAGGUGCCAUCUGAACACCUAACGCUGCCGUCUCAGCACCCCAAGGAUGACUCAGGUAACUGGGGCGACAGGACCUUCGUGGACACUGGCUUGAAGGAGGGGAUAGAGGGCCAGCAUCCACCCUUCGAGGUGCGACUUGGUUUUUCCGUUCCUGUCAACCAAACCUCAUCCCUCAAGUUCCUUAAUAUCAUGCAGCUAAACGACUAUAGAGCCCCUCUCCUCGACACCCCCAAACCACUUGUCGAAACAGAUCUAGAGACAGGCUUUGGGCCCGCGUCUUCCACCUCCCAGGUUAAUCACUUCCCCGUAAACUCGCAACACGAAGUCACGGGUCACCCCUUACUAGACACAAGCACGAUGUCACUGAGCGCAAACCCCACUGUUCAAAGUAAUAACGAGAGUCCAGCCUCCUCCUCUGUCGGCUUUAACGAAGCCAUGCACCAGUUACGUCAAACUUUCAGGAUACAAACAGACAAGACCUUCAGCAGCGAAGCAUCUCCCGACGUAUCAAGCAAAAGCAACAAAAACUUUAUUGGUCUUUCUCAGAUCAAAGAUGGUGGAGCCGAGACGGCCCAUAUUAAUCCUAAUUUAUUUUCCUCGGUAAACACCGGUUCUGAACUAAAUGAAGCCUUUGAUGUUUCAACAGAGCAUAUGACUCCAGAAUUUAAGCUCCGGCAUCCCCCCAUUCCAUCGACAUCCCUUACUGUACCGCCGAUAGAGGAGAGAGCACAUAUCACUGAGCCACAGCACGGCAUCAACCAUUCACCGUCACAUCCAGGCCAGUCCGAGAACAGAGGGGACCCUCACGAAGGCACACAUAUGAACAAUCCUGGAGGGUCCAAACCAAGUUCGCAUUUCUUUGCUACGAAUACUCAAGACCCUAAAGUCGACUCCACCUCAAGUGCUGAAGUGAACAGCAACUGGAAUAAAGACGAGGAAACUAUCUUGUUUCUAAAUCUCGGAAACACUAUGCAGAUCGAGGGAAACAGUGAUGAGUAUCGACUAGAGAGGGCGAAACAAGAUCAUAAACUUCAUGAUGCAAUAACAACUGAGCAUGGAGAAGUAACCUAUCAGUCAAACGACGGGGAAGAUCAGAGAAAAAAUAUACAGACUGAAGAAAUUAAAAAGUUCAGAGGAGAAAAUGGCCUGAACAGCAAGGAAAGCGAAGGUGCAGGAGGAGGCACACACACUUCACAGUUCAAAGAGAUAUACUUGGAGAACAUUCCAGAUGACUUGAGGUACUACACAAUAAAUAAUGAGAAGAUAACAGAUCACCAACACGUCAGAGAGAGGAAGGGACCACUGUGGGGGUCUGGCAUGGAUACUGGCGACAAGGAUAUCAUGGGAGGACACGAGAUGGUAGGCUUUCAUCGGAGAAAAGGAGAGUCAAGUGUUAGAAGGAACAACAAUGACGUAGCAAUGAUGAAAGACUUUAAGCCCAGCCCGCAGGUGUGUGGAGAAAACCCGUCAGCAGCCAUUCCUGUCGUGGUGGCUCCGAGGCUUCAGGAGGAACGCGAAAAGGAGGGUGGAAGAUAAGCAUAACAUCGAAGACUCACUAUCAGGAACCUGUGUGAGAACUGUGAUAGCCUGACCUGACUUGUGAGGAGUGCCUGUGGGUGUUGGAAAAGGAGAACGAGUCAUGAUACGCACAUACUAAAAAGGAAAGUAGUAAUAAUAUGAUUGAUUGAUUGAUAGUUUUUUGUUGCAAGUAAACAACAAAGGAGAAGGGAGGAUGGAAAACUCACAAUCAUAAUCUUACGUAAGCACUGUGUUAGUCUCCCAGUACUGUGAUAAAUGAAUGUAGUUGUGGGAGAAGAAUGUCAUGAAGUGUAUCGAAAGGCAAGAUGGAAAUCACAGCAUAUGGAAGACCAGCUAUCAAUACCUUUGAAAAUAGCGUUAGUCUCCAGCUGUGAAGAAUGAGUGUUGGUGCGGGGAAGGUGAAUGGCUUUAAAAUGAGGCGCAUAUAGACCAGGAAGUUGGGAAUCAUGAAAUAGUAUGUGAGUGUGUGUGUGUGUGUGUGUGUGUGUGUGUGUGUGUGUGUGUGUGUGUUGCUAUAUAACAUUAACACUUUCUGUACAUGUAAUCAUAACCUUUUAAUCCGUAUGUCAUGACUUGACAAACAAGCUUAUUACACUGAAUUCUUUUUACAACACUAAGACCAGUGGGAACAAAUCUAACUGUCUGACUUUCAAUAAAAUAUAGCGCAAGUAAACAUUGUAAUGAUAGUAAGUAGGCUUUUUUGAAAAGCGCCAU